GAUUUAAAAUGAGUACUGUCAAUAAUAACCUUAAAUUUACAUCAACACUUUAUACUAUAUAGGCUCUGUUUCUGUCGGUUCUGAAUUUCUGAUAUACCUACAGACUACAUAAGUACGUUUUACAAAAAUUACAAAUUGUCAAUACGCUUAUUUUAGUUAACAGUGUUAAUACGCGUACGCUGUUCCCGUAUUACCCGUAUACAUAUUACGUGUGCUGUGUUUACUGGCUUUAGUAGUUACUAUAGUAGUCUUGAAUCUAUCCUGUGGAUGUAAUUGUCGUACUAUAAAUUUGUCAUCAGCUUGUUUGUAUUCAAUUAUUAACUGAAUUUCCGUCCAUAAUAUUGUAUCAAAGUAUAUAUUGAUAGUUAUGGGUAUAUAAGUUAAAGGGUGACUUUGUAUAAUUUUGGAAAAUGGAUAGAGGUGGAAGAGGUAUAAGAAGAGCUCGAGGUGGUCGUCCAUUCAUUAGAGGUUUUUAUCGUGGUAGAACACCAAAUAGAAGACGUCCUAUGGGAAGUAGAUCAAGACCUUCUAGCUCUAGAGACAGGUAUGAAUCUUCAUACAAUGAUAAUGAUCGAAGUGAUUCACGUGAAAGAUCAUGGGAUUCUAAAUCAGGCACUGACAAAGAUGUCUCAAAAGAAAAACAUGAUGGAGAUGAUAAUUCACCAAUCAGCAGAAGUAAAUGGGAUAAAGAUGAAGACCCUAGUGAAAAAAAUGAUGAACGGUACUCAGAUAAAAAAGGUUAUUAUGAUGCAAAGUAUUAUAGACGUGCAACUGGACACCCACAUAGAGGUUACAGACGGCCAUACCAAAAUAAUUAUUGGGAUAGAAGUGAUCGUGGAAGACAUCACUCACCACAAAGUCAAUAUCGUGUAAGACCCUAUAAUUCCCCUUCUAGGCAUAGACGUUAUUCACGUUCUCCUGAUAGACGUCGAUCACCAAGUAGAUAUCGAUCUAAAUCACGAUCUCGAUCCCAUUCACAUUCUCCAAGCAGAUCCAGGCGCUACACUUCUCCAAAACUUAGAUCCCCUAAAAGAAGAUCGCCAUCACGACGGCCUAGGUCACCUAAUACACAAGAUCAGUCCAUAGAAAAAACUCAAGCAGUAAAGAGUCAUUCUGAUGAUGAAAAUAAUUCUGAUGAUUUUGUUGAAAAGUUAAAAGCCUCAAAAGGUUCUAAAACACCAGGCAGAAUGGAGUAUACAGAAAAAAGUGAUGAUGAAUAUUGGAUUGAAAUUAAUAAAAGUGAUUCUAAAGAUACAAAAGAUACUAAAAAGUCCAACAGACCAGAAUAUUCUUCCAAAGGCUCUAAGACUCCAGGACGAUCAGAAAUUUCUAGUAAUGAUAAAGAUGAGCAUUGGACAAAAUCUCAAACUCCCAAGACUUCAACUAAAAAUCUAUAUUCUAAUAGUUGGGAUGAUUCUCCUAUUAGAGAGAAAUCUAUUCCUAAGGCACUAAAAACACCUGGUAGAAAAGAUUAUUCCUCUAAAGAUGAUGAUUACUGGAUAAAUUCUCCACCUACUGAUGCUAAAAAAGACCGUUCUUCUAAUGACGUAUAUUCAAACAAAACAGUUAAUAAAGAUACUACAACCAUGUAUGUUCAUGAAUUAAGUUCAUCUGAUUCUGAGCCAGAAAAAAAAGUUAAUAAGAGAGCCAGGUCUAUGUCAUUAACUAACUCUGAUAAAAGUGAUACUCCACCGUUAAAUACUGAACAGUCUAAUAAAUUAGGAAAUCGAUAUUCUCAAGCUCCGUCUUCAUCUUCCAGAGUGCCAAAUUCUAUUUUAAAGGAACCACCACCUCCUACACUACCUGCUACCCCCAACAAUUUACCAUUAUAUAGUUCACAAUGGCCUGGAAUACAAAAUUCUGCUACUCCAUAUUCAUCAACUACAAACUAUGUUCAACCUCAACCUUCACAAUUCACAGCUUACCAACAACGACAAACAGUUCCUGUUCAAAAUGCUCAGUGGUACCAACCAGGUUACCAGCAAUAUGGAACACCAUUCCCACAAUUUCAACAAUAUGAUCAAAAAUCUGUUGCUUAUAAUCCAGUACAUACUAAUCUUGAACCAGUUGAAGGUUAUCAAUCUACCAAUCAAGGAUUGUAUAAUAUAGAUUUGAAAAGUGUUGUAGAUAUAACAAAACCCCCUCCCAACAUUACACCGAUUACACCAGUACCUGAUACACAAACUAAAAGUUCUCAGGAUAGCAUUUUUGAAAUGCAACGUGAAACAUAUGUUACAAAACUUUUUAGUUUAAAAAAAGAACUUGAGACAUUACAAAUUCAGUAUGAUACAUUUAAGUUAGAUAAUACAGAUGGUCGUCAUAAUACUGAAUUGAAAAAAAAUAGAAAAGCACAGGAUGAUGUAAAUGGAAAAAUUAAGGGUGUAAAUAAUAUUCUUGAAGUAUUAAAUACAAUGAUUCCAAAAGACUCAUUAAAAGAAACUAAAAAAGUCGAACCUAAAAAAUUAACAACAGAAUCCGAGUAUGUGAAAAUCCCUACUGAAACUGUACAACAAGAUGUAGUUUCAAAUAUACGUAAGAAUCGACAUCGCAGUACUUCGUCAUCUUCAUUGGAACUAAAAAAAAAAAGGAAUAAAUCAAUUAAAUCAAAAAAAUCUUCUAAAGUACACUCUUCCUCAGAAGAAGAAACUGAUUCUAAGAAAUCAUACAAAUCUAAAGAGUUAAUUGAUACAAGUAAAAAAACAAAACGUAUUGAGAAACUACCUCAAUUCAAUCAUGUUUAUUGUGAUUCAUGUAUUCAUUGGUGUCAGCCAUGUAAUAUUUUUCCAAAAACUGCAAAGGAAUAUUUAACACAUUUGCACAGUGAAUCCCAUAGCAAAACUCUGGAGGAAUUAAAUGUUGUUGAAUUACCUUGGCAUGAUACUCAAACUGAACCUACCCAACCUGAAAAAAAUCCCGAACUACCAAAUAAACGAGUACCUAUCAAAGGUUUGGAAUUUUUUAUUGGAACACAAGCUUGGUAUUGCAAACUGUGUGACACUUGGAUUGGAGAUCUUCAUUGUGCUUCAGCACAUUUUAAAUCUAAACAACAUAAUGAUUUAUAUGCGGAACUUAUAGCGAAGCAACCAAAUUGGGAAAUUGAUUGGCUUACAAAAAGAACUCGUGCUUUUGAAAAGUCCUUAUCACAAGCAAGUGCAAUUAAAGAAAAUAAAUCUAAAGAAAACGUUGCUGAACCCAAGGUUGAAAAGUCUUUUUUUGAGAAGGAGCCUAGAAAAGAGAGGGAAAAAGAAAAACUGCGUGAAAGAGAUAGAGAAAAAGAUCGAGAUAAAUAUAAAAAAGAAUUUAGUCGAAAAACAGAUUUAAAAAGUCAGUUAAGUCCUGACAAAGAGAUUAAUGAUGCAAAUAAUGUAUCUUUAUCAGAUUGGAUGAAGCCAGUUGAUUUACCUGUGGAAAAAAGUAUGAUUACUUUAAAGGAAUCUGUGCAGAAAUCUAAAGACAGAUUGCAUAAAAAUAAAACUGAUGAAAUCGAUGAAUCCCGUAGAUCUGGCCUAUCUAAUGUAAAUGUAGUAAAAAAGCAACGACUCGAAGAACCAAAGCCACAAAUUGUGUAUGAAAAGAAAGAUGAAAGUUUUAAUUUAUCUCACCGUACUAGCAGAAUAAAAUUACCUUUUAUUGGAAAAAUGCCAUUUGCAAAACCAAUUGGUAAAAAAACAAAUUCAUCUGCUAAAGAUAUACCUAGUUUUACUGUUGAAAGUACAACUAAUGAACCUAAAGAAAACUUGAUGGAAUCUGUGGCUAUUCAAAAAAUGUUAAUAGAAAAAAUGAUCACUGCAGCAAAUGAAAAAAAGAUUGAAAAGCAUAUAUUACCUGUUGACAUGGAUAUAGAUGAUGAUAAUGAAAACGAUGAUGGUAUUGUAAGUUCAGAAACUGAUUUAAUUGAAAAACAACUGAACCGUUCACAGUCAGGAAAUCAAAUACACGAGAUGUAUAGUCAACCACAUACUACAAAUGCAUUACCUCAAGAUUUAAGUACUGCAUUGAACAUGAUUUUUCCUUGCAGUGAAGCUUCUCCGGUAGUACCUUCUAUAAACACACCAGUUAGUCCUCAAGUUCAUAAUCCAUUAAUUCAUCAAAAUUACAAUAUGCCAUAUGGUGUACCAAAUAAUUUAAGUAUUUCGCCUGAAAGAAAGAAGAAAAAAAAUGCUCCAUCUCAACGAAAACGUAGACACAUGAAGAAAAUUAUGGGUAAAGAAGGAGAACUUACUAAAGAUGAGUAUGUUGAAGAUGAUGAUGAUAAAUUAGAAGACCCAAUUAUACAGGGACCUAAAGAAGAAAAUAAUAAAACAUCAAAUGGCAAUGAAUCUGAUGGAGAUGAACUUGCUAUGCUUGGUAUUGAUGCUGAGGAUAUGGCUGCACAAUAUUAUUGAAAAGUAUUGGUUUUAUAAUGUGACAGUUCCUUUGUAUAUAUACAUGUAUUAUAUAUCAAUUUUAAUUUUAAAACUACCUUUCUAAAUAGUUUUACUGAUAUUUUGCUUGAACAAAUUUUAGAUAGGUAGAAUGUGAAAGUAUAUUCAUAAAUAUUAUAAAAAUAAUAUGUACAGACAAUUAAUGACUUCUAGGUACUAUUCAAAAUGGUAAAAUUAAAUAGUACUAUUAUCCCAACUGUUAAUGCAUCAUUUGGUGUAUUAAUUUGAUCAUUAAAUGUUAUUUAAAGUGUUUUAUUUAUAACAAAUAAAAAAAUUGAAUUUUCA